AUAUGAUAUAGUAUAAAUUCUAGCAUACAGCUUUUAAAAUAAGUUAUGAAUUAACUUAAAACAAACUUGAUUAAUUAUUAUUCCAUUAUCCAUGGCCCCCACAAAAUAAUAGAAUCGUCCGACAUACUGCAACCUUGCGACGAGACGCUAAAUCCUUUUGCGAACCAAAUCUGUCUGAAAUCAUCUCUAAAUUUCACCAUGGGAUGUUGUUUUUCUGGAGGCGAUGGAAAACUGGCUGAACAAGAAGAACCGGCUCCUCAAUUUAGUUGGGAGAAGAGGGAGAAACUCGACAUCAAGGAUUUCACAUUCGCUGACAAGAAAGGAGAAGAACUUGGCAAAGUGCCAGGAAAGAUAAAUGGCCAACGAUUCAUCAUAAAGAACUGUGAGGAUUGCACCAUAUAUCUGUUUGAUCACAUGGCGACGAUCACCGUGGAUGACUGUACAAACUGCAGGAUAUUUGUGGGUCCAAACAAAGGAAGUAUAUUCCUGAGAAACUGCAAAUCCAUGAAGUGUGUGAUUGCCUGUCAGCAGUUCAGAACAAGAGACUGUAGAGGGGUAGAUACCUUAUUACACUGUGACUCCAAGCCUAUCAUAGAAUCAUCUAUUAAAAUGAAAUUUGGCUGUUUUCAGUACUACUAUCCAGAACUCUAUGACCAAUUCAAGGCAGCUGGAUUGAAGGCUUUCAAUAAUACAUGGAGUAGCAUACAUGAUUACACACCAGUCCCGGGCGAAGAUAACUGGUCACUCUUGCCUGAGGACCUGAAUGUGGAGGAGUUCUUACCGUUACCUGCCUCAGAUGAGCUAGCCUCGGUAGGAGCAUCGCUAGACCCUGAGAAGAGUGUUGUACCCCUCACGCAUGGAACAAGAAGACCCGUAGGAGACCUGUCUUGCCUGGUGUUAGUGUUUAGAAAUGAACACUCAGAUGAGAGGAUAAGGGCUAUUAUCAGAGAAAUACAUAAUUGUAGCGACUGUGUGUUACUGAAAACAAGACAAACAAAGCUGGAUCCGCAAGACGUGACUAGAAUGUUUGGUGGAAUCCCUGCUCACAAAGAAGCUGCUAAGAAAGGCCUUGUUACAUCUCUUGAAGUCAAUGGCUCAGAUACCAUAAGCAAAUGCAACACUAUCGUUCAGCAGGUCGCUAUGGACUGUGUGGUGUACAUCUCAGAAGAUAAAGAAGCAGCAUCACGUGAUCACGACAACUGGCUCAAUUUCUUAGAUUCACAGAUGACUAUGUGAGCAACAACAAACUCAUUUAUGUUGAAUGAGGUCCGCAUCAUGCAUUUCUGUUGAUUUAAGUCCCACAUGCAGUGGUUUUUGUUGGGUAAGGGCUACCUGGUGUAGUCCGAUAUGGUGUGGAUUAUGUUAGUGAGGGCUUGCUUGUGUAGUCCCAGUUGCAGUGUUUUGAGUAAGUAGACCAUGCCUGGUGAUAAUCAGCCUGCAGUGAAUAUAUUUGCAUUAGUCCAAAUGGUUGUGAAGGCUGCAGGGAAAGUGAUCGCGAUACUUGAUAUAAUAUCACACAUUUAGGAGCACUAUAAACAAAAGGUACCAUAUAGCUCUAUAUACAAGAUUACAGAAUGUGAAUUAUAUAGAAACAUAGAAUAUGUAAAUCGCAAUAUUUUAUGAAGAUCUAUGUUUUCAUUGAUCUUUUGAAAGAGGCGACACAGGUUCCUUCUCUGAUGGGACUUUGGAUAUUGUUCCAUGUUUUUUGAGGCAGCCGCUAGAAACCAUUUUUUCGGAUGGUGAGAGUGUGGACUUAUGAUAUACUUACAUGGAUAUGUAGAGAGAUAAGACCUUUGUUUAACAUAGUUUAUACAUCAUUAGACAUUUUUUUUCUUUAAAUGUAAAAAAAAAAAAUGUGGUGGUGCAUAGGAGAAUCAAAACAAUGUAGAGAUUGUUGAUUGGGAUUUCCUUUGUAUUAUUUGCAGGGUGUUUUAUAUUUAAGCGUCUGUGGCAUGCAGUUUUAGGAAAUGUAAGUGUUUUUGCUUACAGUUUUGGUAAGCAUGAAUAUUCAAGAGAAUAUAUUUGGAACAUGUGAAUAUUCAUUGCUUUCGUUCAGGUGAUCAUGAAUAUUCAAGAAGUAUCUUUGGAACGUGUGAAUAUUCAUUGCCUUAUAGUUCAAGUGAGCUGAAUAUCUAUUUCUAUUGUGUAUUAAUACACAAUAGUGCAGAAUUUGUAAUCCUUAAGCUUGCCCCCCCCCCCCCCAA